AUGCCGAUCCCCACCUUGCCCCUCUUCGCCGCGGCAGAGCAGCAUGCGCGGGACAACCCCAACAAAAUCGCGGUCGUCGACGCCGCAAAACAAGAGUCCUUUACAUUUGUCCAACUGCUAGCCGACGCUGCAGCGUUAAGGAAGCGCAUAAUUGAACAAUUGGGGCUGACCGAGGAUUUGGACGAGCGGCGCAUUGCAUUCUUGGUCCCAAAUGGGUACGACUAUGUGGUUACGCAAUGGGCCGUGUGGGCAGCAGGAGGUGUCUGUGUUCCUCUAUGCACAAGUCACCCAGUGAAGGAGCUGUUAUAUACAGUGGGUGAUUCGGACCCCUCGUUGAUUAUUGUUCACCCGCAUUUCGAAAAGAUGGCGCCUGCACUACGCGAGGGAUGCACCACUGAGAUACCAUUCAUGGGUCUUGAGCCAUUCAGCCGUAAUGAGGCACCGACUCUGCCAUCCUUCUCUCCACCUUUUGCCCUCACCCGGCGCGCUCUGAUGAUCUAUACAUCCGGAACCACCUCAAACCCGAAGGGUUGCGUCACCACCCAUGAGAAUAUCACUUUCCAGGCAAGCUGUCUGGUCAAGGCAUGGGGAUAUAGUCCUUCAGACCGUCUCAUUCAUGUACUACCGCUCCACCACGUCCAUGGUAUCAUCAAUGGUCUAGCAGCCAGUUUCUUGAGCGGUACCACUGUCGAGAUGCAUCCAAAGUUCGACCCGAAAGUGAUCUGGGAGCGAUGGCAGGAGGGUGGCUCGACUAUGUUCAUGGCAGUUCCGACCAUCUAUUCCCGUCUGAAUGAUUAUUUUGACGCUCAUAUCCGCGACACUGAACAGGAAGAUGCCACGCGGGCUGGUGCGCGUGCUCUGCGACUUGUUGUUAGCGGAUCUGCAGCCCUUCCCACCCCUAUCAAAUCUAAAUUCGCCGAGAUAACCGGCCAGACGUUGCUGGAGCGAUAUGGAAUGACCGAGAUUGGGAUGGCGCUCAGCUGUGGGCUCGAGGUUGAAAAACGAGUUGAUGGCAGUGUUGGCUGGCCCUUGCCGGGAGUCGAAGUCCGAUUGACCGAGAAAGAGACAGGCAGGACCGUCGACGGGGUGGACGAGGACGGUAUGAUUGAGAUCAAGGGUGGAAAUGUUUUCCGUGAGUACUGGCGGAAGCCCGAGGCGACUUCCUCGGAGUUCACAGCCGAUGGCUGGUUCAAGACUGGCGACGUGGCCAGGCGGGAUUUAACUGGCGCAUACUUCAUUCAAGGCCGUGCUUCUGUCGACCUGAUCAAAUCUGGCGGGUACAAAAUCUCAGCAUUGGAAGUCGAGCGCAAGAUGCUCGCCUUGGAUGCAAUCCAGGAAGUGGCAGUCGUUGGGCUUGCGGAUCAAGAAUGGGGCCAGCGAGUCGCAGCCGUUGUCAAGUUCCGCGAAGGAGCCGUACCUCUCGAGCUUCCUGCCCUCCGUGCGAGCCUGAAGAAUGAGAUGGCCUCUUAUAAAAUCCCCACAGUCCUGAAAGUCGUGGAUGGGAUUGAGCGCAAUGCUAUGGGAAAGGUCAACAAGAAAGUCAUUGUGCAAAAGUACUGGCCAGACAAGGCAUGA